AUGGACGUUCAAAAGUUGUUCGACGUCAAGGGCAAAGUCGUGCUGGUCACUGGUGGCGCCAAAGGAAUCGGUCGGAUGAUCUCAGAAGGUUUCGUAAAGAAUGGCGCCACUGUCUAUAUCUCGUCGCGAGACGCCAAGUCUUGCGAUAAAGCUGUAAACGAGCUCAAUGCACUUGGCACGGGCAAGGCCUAUGCUAUCCCUGCCGAUUUCUAUAAAGAAGAGGAAGUCAAGAGAUUGGCCGAAGAAAUUGCUAAGCAGCUGCACGUUCUUGUCAACAACUCGGGUUCCAACUGGGGUGCCCCGUAUGAUGAAUACCCUUCGUCUGCAUGGACACGAGUUCUCACCCUCAACCUUCAUCGUGUGUUCGACCUUACCAAGCUUCUCACCCCUCUUCUGGAGAAAGCCGGCUCAUCAGGUGACCCGGCUCGCAUUAUCAACAUCGGUAGUGUUGAUGGCAUAAGGGUUCCAGCUCUGGAAACCUUUGCCUACAGUGCCAGUAAAGCUGGAUUGCACCAUUUGAGUCGUGUUUUGGCACACCACCUUGGAAGACGGAACAUCACAUCAAACUCCUUGGCCUGUGGCCCAUUCGAGAGCAAGAUGAUGGCUGCCACCUUGGAAGCGCAUCGGGAGACAAUCGAGGCAAGUAUUCCUUUGGGUCGGAUUGGUACCCCGGAGGAUGUUGCAGGUGCGUGCUUGUUCUUGAGCAGCCGCGCCGGCUCGUAUGUGAAUGGAGCGACUAUCACUCUGGACGGCGGUAGCGUAAUCGCAGCGAAGCUCUAA